UAACUUAGAAUUUCAUGGCUGCAACAUGUGCCAAAGUAGUUGGGAAAGGGCAUGUUCACCACUGUGUUACAUGGCCUUUCCUUUUAACAACACUCAGUAAACGUUUGGGAACUGAGGAGACACAUUAUUUAAGCUUCUCAGGUGGAAUUCUUUCCCAUUCUUGCUUGAUGUACAGCUUAAGUUGUUCAACAGUCCGGGGGUCUCCGUUGUGGUAUUUUAGGCUUCAUAUUGCGCCACACAUUUUCAAUGGGAGACAGGUCUGGACUACAGGCAGGCCAGUCUAGUACCCUCACUCUUUUACUAUGAAGCCACGUUGAUGUAACACGUGGCUUGGCAUUGUCUUGCUGAAAUAAGCAGGGUUGUCCAUGGUAACGUUGCUUGGAUGGCAACAUAUGUUGCUCCAAAACCUGUAUGUACCUUUCAGCAUUAAUGGCGCCUUCACAGAUGUGUAAAUUACCCAUGUCUUGGGCAUUAAUACACCCCCAUACCAUCACAGAUGCUGGCUUUUCAACUUUGCGCCUAUAACAAUCUGGAUGGUUCUUUUCCUCUUUGGUCCGGAGGACACGACGUCCACAGUUUCCAAAAACAAUUUGAAAUGUGGACUCGUCAGACCACAGAACCCUUUUCCACUUUGUAUCAGUCCAUCUUAGAUGAGCUCAGGCCCAGCGAAGCCGAUGGCGUUUCUGGGUGUUGUUGAUAAACGGGUUUCGCCUUGCAUAGGAGAGUUUUAACUUGCACUUACAGAUGUAGCGACCGUCUGUAGUUACUGACAGUGGGUUUCCGAAGUGUUCCUGAGCCCAUGUGGUGAUAUCCUUUACACACUGAUGUUGCUUGUUGAUGCAGUACAGCCUGAGGGAUCGAAGGGUCACAGGCUUAGCUGCUUACGUGCAGUGAUUUCUCCAGAUUCUCUGAACCCUUUGAUGAUAUUACGGACCGUAGAUGGUGAAAUCCCUAAAUUCCUUGCAAUAGCUGGUUGAGAAAGGUUUUUCUUAAACUGUUCAACAAUUUGCUCACGCAUUUGUUGACAAAGUGGUGACCUUUGCCCAAUGACUGAGCAUUUCAUUGAAUCUACUUUUAUACCCAAUCAUGGCACCCACCUGUUCCCAAUUUGCCUGUUCACCUGUGGGAUGUUCCAAAUAAGUGUUUGAUGAGCAUUCCUCAACUUUAUCAAUAUUUAUUGCCACCUUUCCCAACUUCUUUGUCACGUGUUGCUGGUAUCAAAUUCUAAAGUUAAUGAUUAUUUGCAAAAAAAAAAAAACGUUUAUCAGUUUGAACAUCAAAUAUGUUGUCUUUGUAGCAUAUUCAACUGAAUAUGGGUUGCAAAUUAUUUGCAAAUCAUUGUAUUCCGUUUAUAUUUACAUCUAACACAAUUUCCCAAUUCAUAUGGAAACGGGGUUUGUAUAUACCGGUACACAAAAAAUGUAUCUUUUUUUUUUUUCCCUGGAUGGACACCUUUGGAGACGUUAGCUCCUUUGAUGGAGAGGUGCUUCCAGUUUUGGACAAAGAGAUGUUCCACUCAGUGAAGCCCGGUCUGUCAGCACAUGCCGACUCUCCUGUGACGGCUGUACACACGCUGAAAGAGUUGUUGAAGGUGGCCAAGAGUACAGUGCCUCGUCUGGAGUGGAAGAGAACUCCAGUGGUGCUCAGAGCCACGGCUGGACUUAGACUGCUACCUGCACACAAAGCCCACGCUCUUCUGGAACAGGUUCAACGAGUGUUUGAUGAGUCUCCAUUUUUGGUCCCUGACAACAGCGUCAGCAUCAUGGACGGCACAAGUGAAGGAAUCCUGGCAUGGAUAUCAGUCAACUUCCUAUCGGAGGUGCGAAUGUUUGCAGGUCACCUUCACGCUCAGACCAAACACACGGUGGGAAUCCUGGAUUUGGGAGGAGGAUCCACACAGAUUACCUUCUUGCCACAAGCCAAGAUCAACCUUGAAAAAACAAACAACGUCGGCAGAUUCCACAUCUUCAACUCCUCUUUUGCAUUGUACACUCGCAGUUACCUUGGCAACGGGCUGAUGACAGCGCGACUUUCCACGCUGAGAGCGUUUGGCGCCGAAGGGCUGCAGUAUCAAGUUUUUAAAAGUCCGUGCCUACCCAAAGAGUUCGUGGACCAGUGGAGCUUUGGAGGGGAGACGUACCAAGUGAGCGGAGACCCAGACGGUGUCUCAGGAUACAAGUGGUGCUAUCAGGACGUGUUGAAGACUGUCAAGGGGAUUAUUCAUCAACCCCAGCGGCUCCGAGACAGCAGCACGCAUUUCUAUGCGUUCUCCUACUACUUUGACCGAGCGCUGGAUGCCGGCCUUAUUGAUGAAGUCCAAGGUGGAAUGCUGGAAGUCAGAGACUUCAAGAGGAGCGCAGAGGAGGUGUGCGAGAGGACCGGCAGGGCGACUUCCAUCCAACCUUACCUGUGUCUGGACUUGACUUACAUCUUCUCUCUGCUCAAAGAUGGCUUUGGAUUCCAGGAGAGCACACGACUGCAGUUGGCCAAGAAAGUGAACAACGUGGAGGCAAGUUGGGCACUGGGUGCCAUGUUGGACCACUUUCACCAUCUAAACAUACGUUAAGCAGCAGGGAGGUUUUGUUAUUUUUACUUUCCAGCGUUCCUCAGAGGGAGCCAUUGGCAUUAGGGGUUAUCGGCCGUGCUGUGGGGGCGCUUUGUGUCAGCGUCCUGGUGGCCAUGGUCUAAUGACCUCCUGGUGCAGAUGGCUCCUGUGAUAGCUCCUCGGUACUCAGCCUUGCAUUCAUUUGUUCAUGUGUUGCGUAUACGUGUGUGUGUGUCACUGUGUGUGCGAUGAUGGGGUAUGUGUGUCAUCGGGGUAUUGUUUUUAAGUCUGUAAAGCACUUUGUGUUGCAUUUCUUUUAUGUAUGAAAAGUGCUUUAAUAAUUAAUGUGAUUGAUUGAUGAAUGUGUCUUUAAAGCUGUUAUGACUGUUAGAGAAAGCCAUCAAAUAUCAAACAUUAUUGAACAGGAAAUGAUUUAACUUAAGAGAUGGUUUGAUGUCAAUAA